UGGGCCCCUGUACCGCCUCCUCAUGCUGCUGCCAGGCCCGUUAAUCUGCCAUGGGCCCCCGUACCGACUCCUCAUGCUGCUGCCAGGCCCGUAAUCUGUCAUGGGCCCCUGUACCGCCUCCUCAUGCUGCUGCCAGGUCCAGAGUGUGUCAUGGGUCCCUGUACGGCCUCCCAUUGCUGCUGCCAGGCCCGUAAUCUGCCAUGGGGCCCUCGUACCGACUCCUCAUGCUGCUGCCAGGCCCGUAAUCUGUCAUGGGCCCUGUACCGCCUCUCCUCAUGCUGCUGCCAGGUCCAGAGUGUGUCAUGGGUCCCUGUAAACGGCCUCCCAUUGCUGCUGCCAGGCCCGUAAUCUGCCAUGGGCCCCCGGACCGACUCCUCAUGCUGCUGCCA